AUGACCCAAGCGCUGCGCCUGCCCAUGACCUAUUUCCGCUCGCCUCGCCUGGCGGUGCACCGGUACGCCCGCGUCGACGCUGCGACGGACGCCUCGGUGCUUGCUGGCGUCGCACCGCUUUUGGUGACCGCACCGCUGACGUCGCUCGCCGUCACGGGAGACGAAAUCUCGGUCGUGUUGCCGGCCACGGUGCCGCUGCCGACGGCGCCCAGUGCGACCGAAGACGGCUGGGUCGCCUUCAAGGUCGAAGGGCCGCUCGACUUUGGCCUUACGGGCAUUCUGUCGGCGCUUACGGCGCCCUUGGCGUCCGUCGGCAUCCCCGUCUUUGCGAUCUCAACCUACGAUACCGAUUACAUUCUUGUCAAGCACGACAAGGCCGACGCAGCCAUCGACACGCAUGUGGUAUGGCAGCGGGGUAAGCUCAUCGGCCAUGGACGCUUCGGCAAGGUCUACGUUGGCAUCCUCCUUGCCAGUGCGACGAUGGUAGCUGUCAAGCAGCUGCGGAUCCAAGGCCACGACUAUGAAGACGACGAGGUUGAUACGGCUGCCACCCACGGCGCCGAAGUCCCACUCGCCAAGAUCGAGCAAGAAGUGGCUGUCGGACAGGCCUUGCGUCACCCUCAUAUCGUCCAGUACUACGGCGCCCAGCGCGAAGGGAGACUCUACAGUCUCUUUAUGGAGUAUCUUCCGAUGGGGUCCGUGCGCAGUUUGCUCCAGACGUUUGGGCCGCUCGACGAGUCGAUUGUGUGCGUCUACACCUCGCAGCUGCUUCGCGGUCUGCAGUAUUUGCACGCCAUUGGCCUCGCGCACCGAGAUAUCAAGUGUGCGAAUCUUCUACUCUCGGACAGCGGCUGCCUCAAGAUUGCCGACUUUGGCACGGCGAAAGCGGCGGAGCUUGACCCCAAGGACGACGACGUUGACGACGAGCUCUUUGCUACUGUGGGGUCGGUGCGCGACGGCAUUGGGUCCCCCUUUUGGAUGUCGCCCGAGAUCAUUCGAGCCGAACUGGGCGCCGACGCCUGGACAAAGUCUGAUGUCUGGAGUGUCGGGUGCUGCGUCGUAGAAAUGGUGACGGGCGAGCCGCCGUGGAAUACGUUUUCAAAUCCGCUCACCGCCAUGUUUCACAUUGCGUCCGAGACGUCGCCAGUGCUUCCGUGCCACUUGUCGCCAGUGGCCCACGAUUUCGUCACGGCAUGCCUCGUCAAGGACCCAGCGCAACGACCGACAGCGUCCACGCUGCUCCAGCACGCCUUGUUCCACCCACUUCCGCGGUCGUCGAGCCACUAUGGCUGGUUUCACAAAGAGACACCCGUGGAGCCGGAUGAGCCGGGCACCUGGUAUCUCUACUACGACUGGACAACCAAUGCGUACGAGUACGCCUACUACAUCGUUGACGACGGCGGCUACUGGGUGUACCGAGUGCACGGUGCGUGGGACUGGUUAUUGUUUCCGCUGCCGAGUGUUGUGGAGAUUGCACUUUGGUGGCUCGCGGCCUUUCGUUUUGGGCAACCCGACGAGCUACACUGGGCCGACGCUGACCCCGAUGCGUCCGUGUACACCGUCUCGAGUCCCGUACCGUAUGCGUCCAUGUCCGAGCUUGCAACCGACGAGCCACUCGUGCCAACUGCGACCACUCCAACAUUCGAGCCGGCUUCCGAUGAGACACCAGUCACCAACGCCGCUCCAUCCUAUGUUCGCGUCCUGGCUGAUUAUGCAACGACGACCGAAGGGGAACUCGCGCUGGCCGAGCACGAACUGAUCAUUGUCGAAGCCAUGGACGACAACGGCUGGUGGCUCGGGCACAAGGCGGACGACCUGAGCACAGCCGGCUGGUUCCCGUGCACGUACGUCGAGUGGAUGUCGGUGCCGUGCCUCGGCGUCGCUCGGGUGGUUGUCGAAGCUACUCCACGCCAAGAUGCCGCGAUAUCGCUGGGAUUGCAUGAUCUCGUGGUCGUUGCAGAAAUCGGCGACGACUGGUUACGGGGACGCUCCGUCGAUGGCUAUGACACGGGGUGGGUCUUGGCAUCGACUGUCGAGUGGUUGCCUCGGGUGGUUUGCCAAUGGGCGUACGCAUCCAGCCACGAAGCCGAACUGAGUUUGACGCCCGGAGACGUUGUCUAUGUCCUUGGCGGCGACGACCAAAACGUUUGGUGGGAGGGCUUCAACCCGACCUUGAACGCCCGCGGGUGGUUUCCAACGACCCACGUCCAGACAGACACGACGGGCGGCGAGGAAGACGAGGAUGUCGAUGACGAUGAUGCGAACGCUAUUCUUGUCGUGGAUCAGGACCUCGUAUCAUUGUCAUGA